CGGCAAGCAACACUGGAAGGCUGCCGCAAACAGCAGUGGGGCAGUCACGGGAUUUGGGAAGCUGUCGUCCUGCAGUUUCAAACGGUUUCACCAAAAACCUUUCUGUCUCGCUGUCAGACGCCUUGAACCAUGACUGAGUUCUGGCUCAUCUCGGCUCCGGGCGAGAAAACCUGCCAACAGACUUAUGACAAGCUGCUCAGCGUCACAAGCAACAAGCAGAACAACCUCUCGACCUGCUACAAGUUCCACCUUCCGGACUUGAAGGUGGGCACGCUAGAUCAGUUGGUUGGCCUCUCGGAUGACUUGGGAAAGCUCGACACCUAUGUCGAAAGCAUCACUCGAAAAGUGGCCAGCUAUCUGGGGGACGUGCUUGAUGACCAGAGGGACAAACUAGCUGACAACCUCCUUGCCAAUGGCGUGGGGCUGGAGGCCUACCUGACCCGGUUUCAGUGGGACAUGGCCAAGUACCCCAUCAAGCAGUCCCUCAAGAGUAUCACUGAAAUCAUCAGCAAGCAAGUGUCUCAGAUCGAUGGAGACCUCAAGAGCAAGUCGGCUGCUUACAAUAACCUCAAGACUCAGCUCCAGUCCAUCGAACGCAAAUCCACGGGGAGCCUGCUGGUCCGUAGCCUCGCCGACCUGGUGCGCAAGGAGCACUUUGUGAUCGGGUCGGAGUACCUUACCACCCUCCUUGUCGUGGUGCCAAAGAUGCUCUACAAGGACUGGUACGCCAAGUACGAGAAGCUGGCAGACAUGGUGGUGCCAAAGUCUUCCCAGCUGGUGUACGAAGAUCAGGAGCACGGCCUGUUCACCGUAACCCUCUUCUUCAAGGUGGUGGAGGAGUUCAGGCUGCACUGCCGGGAGAACAAGUUUGUGGUACGGGAAUUUGUGUACGACGAGUCGGCGCUUUUGGCGGGCAAGAACGAAAUUGCCAAGCUGGAGAGCGACAAGAAGAAGCAACAUGGUCAGUUAAUCCGCUGGCUGAAAGUGAACUUCAGCGAAGCGUUCACUGCCUGGAUUCACGUCAAGGCGCUGCGGCUUUUCGUCGAGUCUGUCCUCAGGUACGGGCUGCCAGUGAACUUCCAAGGCAUGCUACUGCAGCCGCAGAAGAAGACCGCCAAGCGGCUCAGGGAGGUGCUCAACCAGCUGUACAGCCACCUGGACACCAGCAUUGCCGCCGGACCCAUCGACGACAUUCCUGGUCUGAACCUGGGCCAGCAGGAGUACUACCCGUACGUCUACUUCAAGAUCUGCACCGACAUGGCAGACACGCACACGCGCGUCUGAGGGGGCCUUUUCUCUUCGACACACGCGUGUCUAGUCAGGAGUUGCCCGGUGACGCGCACCAGGGCCUCGUUGUCUGUGCGGAGACAUUCCAGAUGUUUUAUUUCAAGUUGUACAGGAUAGCUCGUCUGAUCGUGGAAACCGCCCGCAAUAAAUAGGUGGGCUCCAA